AUGAAACCGGUUAUCAUCGAUCUCAAGCAUUUGAAAUUCCCACCCUCAUUGACGGUAUUUAAGGGAACCUUUACAAAUGGUGGAGUAUACCGAAUGGUAAGCUUACCAGCGGGACAGGUACGUGUCAUGUAUGGAAACGAAGAACUUGUACCGCUACACGUCGAAAACUAUAAACACGAUGAUGUUUAUGUCGAGUACUUUGCACGUGGAAGACAAAAAGUAGUCAGAUUGAUAGCAUUCAACAGCCAGGUACUGAAAACAUUGGGACACAUGGUCAAGGUCUUCAUGAUGACGCCUUCCGGCUUUCUAGAAUGUGCUGAAAGAACAGUUACAACAGUCACAGAAGGACCAGUAUCAUUGGAAUUGAAUGUUCACCCAGGAUCCGUAAUACACCCAUUCAUUGAACGCAGCCCACUGGUAGAUGGAAUCCGUCUCGGCUUUGUUUUCACUAUUGCCGAUAACCACCGCGGAUAUGAUGUCAACAAGGUACAUGGAUUCUUCAAUAGCCCUUACGUUAUUGGAAGUAUCGAUUAUUUAGUACCAAGUGUCAGGACUUUAGAAAGGAGGACACCACUACAGGCGGCCGCCUACAUUGUCAAGGCCCUAUUUAGAGAUGGAAAUAUUGAACUAAGAGUUACGGAACAAGACACUAUGACACGACACAUGAUUGACAUCAAGCCGGUUAAUCCUGAAUCAACGGAAUAA